CUUUAAGAUAAAUUAGAUUUAGUUAUAGUUCUAACUAAAAUGGGAGCGAAACAAAGCAAAAUUGUUGCAGCUAUUGAUUUUGGGACUUCAUACUCAGGGUUUGCAUAUAUGUUUAGUGCAGACAAGGACGAAAUAAUAACAGCUAAGCAUGGAACAUUUUUACCAGAAGAUCGCGUACCAACGGUGCUGCUUUUAAAUCCUGAUGAGACGUUCAACUCUUUCGGAAUUGAUGCUGAAGACAGGUACUCAGCACUUGUACUCGCAGACAAACAUUGCAGCUACCGCCUUUUUCGUGAAUUUAAAAUGGCUCUCUUCACUAAAAAUGAAAAACUAAAAUCAGAUAUUCUGAUUCACGACACAGAAGGGCGUUCCAAGAAAGCAACUGAUGUGUUUUCUAUUGUCAUUGGACACUUAAAAAGCCUCGUUAUAAACUCAAUUAAGAGCAAGGUUGUUGAUACAUCUUUUGAAAGCAAGAUAGAAUGGAUGUUGACAAUUCCUGCUGUAUGGCCAGACUCUGCUCGCCAGUUUAUGCGUCAAGCUCCACAGGCAGGAGGGAUUGAGGAGGACAAAUUACGACUUGUCUUGGAACCAGAAGCGGCAGCUUUGUUUUGUAAAGAUCAACUGUUACACUUAUCUCAUAAUGCUGGUUUAACACUACUAAAACCAGGGACAAAAUACAUUCUAGCUGAUCUCGGAGGAGGAACUGCAGAUAUUUGUGUCCAUGAAGUGCUGAAAAAUGGUCAUAUUCGGGAACUCUAUCGUGCUGUUGGUGGACCGUUUGGGGGAACAACCGUUAAUAACGCGUUUGUUCAGUUUAUGAUUAAGCUCUUCGGUGCACCUAUAUGGAGAAAACUUCAGAAAUACAAAUGUUACGAUUACAUAAGGAUCAUGCGGGAAUUUGAAAAGAAGAAGAAAAAAUUUGACUUUAAAAAUACUGUCAAUUUCGUCGUUGAUAUUCCAUCAACUCUGAUCAACAUGGUCGAGUCCGAUGUAGAGUCCGAUUUAGAAACAUUGUUAUCUCAGACAGAUUGUUCUGCUUCAGUUCAGUUUAAAGAUGAUAAACUCAUAUGUGACAAGAAAAUCAUGGCAAGUUUUUUUGAAUCGUCAAUUAAUGAUAUCGUUUCAAUACUACGAGAAAUCUUUGCCAAUUGUCCUAGAGACGAACUCAAAACGCUGCUGGUAGUUGGAGGUUAUUCAGAAUCACAAUAUUUGAGAGAAAGUAUCACUAAAGCAAUGCGCCAUGUGGAAGUUGUUCUCGCACAAGAACCUCGUCUUGCUGUAUUAAAGGGUGCUGUGAAAAUGGGACUAGAACCAAAAAACAUUAUUGAGCGAAAAGUUAGAUACACAUAUGGCUUUUGCACUGCAGAAACAUUUAAAGAGGGAGAACAUCCAUCGUUCCUUAAAUUCGAGAGGGAAGGCAAGACACUGUGUGAUCGUAUAUUUUCUAAAGUCAUUGAAAAAAAUGCCGUCGUAACGAGUGGUCAAGAGUUCAAAGUUACUACAUUUGAAACUGUGAAAGAAUCUAGAUGGAUGAAUCUUUUAAUAAGUCUGUACCGAUCAACGAAAUUCAACCCAAAGUACUGUUUAAAAUCGGAAGAAUGUACUAUGGUCGGUAAAAUAAAAGUAAAUGCACCAAGCCACGGUUGGCCAACUCGUUACAGCAUUGAUCUGAUUAUCAUUGCUCAAGAAACUGAGUUUAAAGUGCGUGUUAUUGAUUGGACUAGCAGCAGAAAAUUUGAGACAAAUAUAGAUUUCUUGUGAUUUAUCUGUGAAUAAAAGUCUAUACUAUAAGUAAUUUGUCGCUGUACGUACGAUGCUUCAAAACGUUCGCUUAGAACUAGUUUUAUAUGCAGUGAAUAAGUAACCAGAUGUAUGUGUCAGACACCUGCCAGUCUUGGUUGAAAUUUUAUCAUUAGUGAAACUAAAAAUUUAUAGUGAAAGUUUUUCUUCUGCUUUUUUCUCCCUGUUGAUAUUGUUAGAAAAACACAUGUUAUCAAUAAUAUUCGUCCAUAUUUAUAUGCCAGCCAAAUGCCUAUUCAUGACUCAAAGGAGUCAACCUAGUAUAAACAAAUAAGUGCUGAAUUUCCUGGAAUUUUCUCUCCUUAUCCGCAAUUUUAUCUUCGUUCAUGGAGGCUGUCAUAUUAACGCAUCCAAGCAACCCUCAACCAAUCAAAUGAGCAAUAUCGAGCCAAAUAGUUCUUAGUACUUUUUGACCAAUCAAAAUGGCCCGUAGACACCGAACUUUGGCUCCUUCGAUAUUAAAAGAUUACUUCUGGGCAU